AUGUCACAACGCAGACGAGCGUGUGUAACCCACCAAUCAUAUUUUUUUAAACAUAAUUUACACCAUUUUAUUAAAUCCCCUGAUCGUUCCAAGUCGGAAAAUAAUCAAGUUUACAACAACAAGGUGGGCCAUGCCAAUCUCAUAUAUGAAAGAUGGGAAACACAUCAAAUUAAGUCGAUAUUUUCAACUCGUUUAGGUAUUAGUUACCAGACUCGAUAUCACGCUAAUGGUAGUAGUGAACACUUCAAAAGACAAAAGAAACCUAUGGCAUGUACUCGUGUCUUCAAUAUUGGAAAACCUAACGUCUCACUCAGUAUUGACGAUAAACUGAGCGCGGCUAGAAAACAUAAUUUCCUUUUUACACCUUCACAAUUUAUUUAUAAAUCCAUACAUCAUCUUCUUUAUCGAGCGAACGAAACGAUUCCUAAUCCUACACAUUAUAAUUAUUUGGUCCCCUUUUUUCAACUUAAACCUAAAACUUUAUCGACCUUACAGAAGAGUUUAAUUGAUUCUAUUGAAGAGAUAGGGCAAGGCGUGGACCUCUCUCCUGAUACCUCGACUAGGCCCAAUGUUGAAUACUUAUCUUAUAAAGAAUGA